AUGCCUUCGCCCACUGAAACGGCCCUCUCGACUCUCCUGCCCACCAUUUCCUUCCUGCCUCCCGACCUGAUCUCCCUCGCCAACAGCCUCCUCGCUCAAUCGCGCUCCAAGGCCGCCUCUUUGAAACCCGAAGAAGAAAUCGGACGCAUUUACGCUGUCGCACACAUUGCAGCAGAACGACUCAAGAAGCGCCUGGACCUGGACUUGGACAGACCAAAGCCACCAUGUCCGCCCAGAGUCUACAAAAAGCUAUACACCUAUCUCGAUGCCGUGUUGAGCACGCCCAGUACAACUCCGCGCACCGACAGGAAGAGGGACGCACUGGCAUCGACGCCAAAAAGCAGUAAAAGUCAUGGUGCUAUCGUCACCCCAGGCAAUAGGACGAGACAGGCACCGGUGGGAGCAGACGGUGUACCAGACUUCGUUAUGUCGCUGGUUAGAGCCAUGUGCAAAGCUACGAGGACGCCCAAAGCGACUCCGCAUGUGGUUGUUGGCGCUGGAGCUGUGGUCAAGGAGCUUGCUUCUAGGGUCGUUAAGCGUGGUCUAGACUCGGAACCUGCUGCGAAGAGAAGACGGAGGAUGGGGCAGCAGCAGGCUCAGAAAGGCAAAGAAAUCGCAUCGGAGGAUCUGGGAGAUGCUGUUGCGACGGAGAAGUGGCCUGCCCUCACGAUCGCAUUGCACACAUACACAGUUGCAAGAAUGAGAGGAAUAGAAGCCGAUGUCGAGGAGAUGACGGAACUUCAAGAACAGGCCAGAGAUGCCGUGGAGCAUUAUUGCAUUCAAAACGCCGCAGCGCUGCCCAAAGAGCUGGGCAGUAUUACAAUGGAGAGCUUGAGAAAGCCUCUGGACUUUUAUAUGCUUGAAGCAGAAGAUGGUGGAUGGUUGGAUAUGGAUUGGUAUCGAAACGUGCCCGAGAACAUCGACGAUGGUGACGAGGACGCUCGCAACGACGACAACGAAGAUGAUGAGAUGGAAGACAAAGGUCCCGAUGAUCUGGGCGCGGCUGGGCUACUGCCUGGGCUUGGGACCAUGUUUCAACCUGCAAUUGACUGGCUUAGUGACGAGAGGAGAGCGGAAUAUGCGAGCUGGAAGAGAGGGAUAUUGGAAGAGUGCGCUCGUAUUGAAACUAGUGCAUGAUCAAGACGACGACGGAAUGGCUACUUCAUAGGUGACUUUGGAAUGUGACAAAACGCGGCCGAGCCCUUUGCAGCGCAAGAUGAAGCAUAAUGCGUAGGACGUAGCAGUCCUUCAGUCUUCCACAAAGAGUGCUUCAGCAGUAGAAGAAAUGCUUACAAUCCG